UAUAAUUAUGUACCAAGCACUCUCUCAUUCUAUUUCUCUUGUAUGAUUUGUGGAGUGAGUUCUUUAGUUGCAUAAACAAAGACUCUUACUAUAAACAGCCUCUCACACAAAUUUGCUCUGCUUUGAUAUCUGUUUCAUUUCACCAAACAUGCCUCAAACCAGCCUUAGCCAUAAUCAAGGUUUAGACAUUGAAGGCUCCAGAGUUGAUGGGUCUUCCCACCCCUCCAAAUGCUAUGAUGAUGAUGGACGUCUCAAACGAACUGGAAAUGUUUGGACUGCAAGCUCCCACAUAAUAACAGCUGUGAUAGGAUCUGGGGUGCUAUCUUUAGCUUGGGCCAUAGCUCAACUUGGUUGGGUAGCUGGUCCUGCUGUGAUGUUGUUGUUCUCUUUGGUUACUGUCUAUACUUCAUCUUUUCUGGCUGAAAGCUACCGUGCUGGCGACCCAAAUUCCGGCAAGAGAAACUAUACUUACAUGGAUGCAGUUCGCUCCAUUCUAGGUGGAGUCAGUGUUACUUUGUGUGGGAUAUUUCAGUACCUGAAUCUAAUUGGAAUUGUAAUAGGCUACACAAUUGCAGCUUCUAUAAGCAUGAUGGCAAUCAAAAGGUCUAACUGUUUCCAUCAAUCUGGAGGCAAAAAUCCAUGCCACAUGUCAAGCAACCCAUACAUGAUCAUUUUUGGCAUAACUCAGAUUUUUCUUUCUCAAAUUCCUGAUUUUGAUCAAAUAUGGUGGCUCUCAUCAGUAGCUGCAGUCAUGUCUUUCACCUAUUCCAUAAUUGGCCUUGCUCUUGGAAUUGUCAAAGUUGCAGAAAAUGGUACUUUGAUGGGUAGCCUCACAGGAAUAAGCAUUGGAACUGUGACAGAGACCCAAAAGAUAUGGAGGACUUCCCAAGCUCUUGGUGACAUAGCCUUUGCCUAUUCAUUUGCUGUGGUUCUCAUUGAAAUUCAGGACACAGUGAAAUCCCCACCAUCUGAGGCAAAAACAAUGAAGAAAGCUACAAAGAUAAGCAUUGCAGUGACCACAACAUUCUACAUGCUCUGUGGUUGCAUGGGCUAUGCUGCUUUUGGAGAUGCAGCACCAGGGAAUCUUCUUACUGGCUUUGGUUUCUACAAUCCAUAUUGGCUCAUAGACAUUGCAAAUGCUGCUAUAGUGGUUCACCUUGUGGGAGCAUACCAAGUGUUUGCACAACCCAUCUUUGCCUUUGUGGAGAAAGAAGCAGCAAAAAAAUGGUCCCAUACUGACAAAGAGUUCAAAAUUCCAAUCCCUGGUCUCUCUUCCCCUUACAGACUAAAUGUGUUUAGAAUGGUUUGGAGGACACUGUUUGUGAUUUUAACCACUGUCUUAUCAAUGUUGCUUCCAUUCUUCAAUGACAUUGUGGGAGUGAUUGGAGCACUAGGGUUUUGGCCUCUAACAGUUUACUUUCCAGUGGAGAUGUAUAUCGCCCAGAGGAAGAUCCCAAAAUGGAGUAGCAGAUGGAUUUGCUUACAAGUAUUUAGUGGGGCAUGUUUGGUUGUGUCAGUUGUUGCUGCUGUUGGAUCAGUGGCUGGUGUCUUGCUUGACCUGAAGAAAUACAAGCCAUUCCAAUCAAACUACUGAGUUUCAUAAGAAACUGCAGUGCCAAUGAUGGCUAUAGUUUUUUGUUUUGUUUGCACUUUGUAUCAUUAUCUUAUAGAUCAAUUGGAUCAUGAUAAGCAACUCCUUGUUUGAAAAAUCAUGAAAGGCAAGGAUUUCCUUCAAUUUGCAUAUGUCCAAACAACCAUUGUAUAUCUGCCAUCCUGUUUAUGCAUGCUGCCUAUUGAGGCUGAGAAUUCCAUAUGCCAUUUUCAAGUUUCAACAA